AGAGAAUAAGGAGGAAGGUGUUGCUGGUAGUCCAGAUUAGGUUUUUUUUUGGAUUUGUUUGUGAUUAAAAUUUGUUUUAAGAAUGUGUGACUGUUUGAAAAUCUGUUUGAUGUAAUUUAUUCCCCUCUCUCAUCAUAGCUUCACUAUAUUGGUUAAUGAAAAAGAUUUUGAUUUCAAUAUUUGCUGAGAUCCUUUUGUUGUUGUAUUUUUUUUGUCUUCUAUUUGUUUUGCACUGUUUUCUUUGUAAGAAUAAAGUUUUUUUUACAUUUAUUUUCAAGAAAUCAAGCAUGUAUCUGUAGUGAGGGAGAAAAGCAGCAAUGGGAGAGUGGUAAAAUAAAUGGGAAGUAAAGAAAAGUCAAGUUUACACGCAAUAAUGCAGUGAAAUAUCACAGAUAAAAGAGAAUGUGGAAGACGAUCUCAGGAGGCGUGGGGUUUUAAGCAUUAAUAGACUUAUGAAUGGAACGGACAAACAAAGUCAUAUUUUGUUGGUAGAAUGGCUGACCCACACUCAACAGCAGGAGCAGAAGGUUUGCUGUAAUUCACCGUUCAACAAUAAGAAGAAGUAGUGAAGACAGGAAGAGGGUGUAGUCUGGUUCGGGGAAUUCCUAUGACGUCAGCACGCUGUGUCCCUUAUGAUACGCUGGGAUGUUUUAAAAACAUGAAUGCCGAAUUGUUGUGCAUUGUUUGUCGCCCUGUAAAAACAAAACAAUGGUUCCCCUCUGUUCUUUUGAACGUUAGCUCCACAGUCAUUCACUAACCGCUCCAACUCACUGGUAACAAUCCUCAGUGUGUUCGCUGAACACUCACUAACGUAAAGCACGUUUCACAGCCAUGACGUAAUGCUCACUUGAAAGGUUUUACGCCAAAGAUUGUAGUUUUCUUAUCGUUAUUAUUAUUAUUAUUAUAUUCUGCGAUUUUCUGCCGUUGAAGUUUUUUUAGAUAUGUUGUCCGUGUCGCUGUUGUUUGGGUUAGUUGUUGGCCUCGUUGUUCCCGGGUCGUGUUGUCGAGAAAAGGAGUACAAGAACCGUGACGGGGACUGCUGUUCGAAGUGCGACGAAGGUCAAUUUGUUCUCAAAGACUGUACAGACAUGCGUAGCACUCGCUGCAACCGUUGUAAGGAUGGGACGUUUAUGAACCAACCUAAUGGUCUAAACAUGUGUUUCCCCUGCACUUCCUGUGUUUCAGCUAAUGGUCUGUUUGUCAAGCAGGCGUGUACAGCAAGCACCGACACGGUUUGUGACGUUUUAAGUGGCUACAUGUGCAGAGACGAGUCUAGUAGCACAGGGUGUCGCCGGGCAGAGAAACAUUCAAGCUGUGUUUCUGGUCAACAGAUCAAAGAACCUGGAACCAGGGAUACGAAUACUGUGUGUGAGGACUGUCCGGAUGGCUAUUUUUCAAAGGAUGGUGUGAAGUGCCUUACUUGGAAAACGUGCCCGGAGCCCCUCACCGUGGUCACGCGUGGAGACUCGCGCAACGACGUCGUCUGCAGUAAAUUGUUGAGAAAUCGUGGUUGGAGUUGCCAUGACUUAUUGUAUCUACCUCUUCUGAUAUUUGUGUCGCAGUCGUUUUUUUAGCUCUUGGCGUCAAAAGUCAAACAACAUCAGGGCAGUCUUCGAUUGGGCGGGGAAUCAUUUAGUUUGGUUCACCUACACGCUGCACUUUUGUAAGUGGACCAAACCAUCUGGACAACGCCCCGGCCAGUGUGAGCAGCAGUGAGGCAGCGGGUUAAACAGCAGUACCGAAAAAAGACGGCAGCGAGCGAGAUACGAUGCCGUGCUCUCAGAUCACAUGUACGGUAUGUCCUGUAUAUCACUCCUAUUCAGACAGGAUAAGUCUUUACAUGAGGAGGUGGGCAGGUCGGGCACAAUUACCCCAGGUAAUACUAAUCCCGUUGCCAAUAGACCAGCAGUAAAAUGUGUGAGUAAAUAUUCCACCGUCUCCUGUUUUCAAGAGGUUUUCCUUGGAUCUGUGAGCACAGAUCGUGGUGACACAUGAUGACAGGAGGCGACGGUGGUGCAUAAAACGCAAUUUACCCCAGUUGUAGUUUUAAUGAGAAUUCUUACCCUGUGUGAAACUGGCCAUUAAUAUUACACAUUGUCCAAAAAUCCGAAAUCACAUUACUCCACCUCCUCAUGAAACUAAUCUCGUCCGAAUAGUGCUUUAGGUUCACUGGAUAGUCCGUUUGCCGCACCAGGCGAACCGAGACCCAUGUUUUCAGCUUUGGUCCGCACCAGGCGAGCUUUCGCACCUGCCCAAACAAAGCCGACUAUCCAAGGAAACAAAACUCUGCUUUGGACCGCUCUGGUGUGAGAGCGCCGUAAUAUUAUUUAAUAUUAUUACCAGCAAACUGUUAGAUUUUUACCUGCAUUAAUGUGUCACUUCCUGACUAAAUUUCAUGCUUAGAAAAUAACCACAAAUAAUCAACCUUGAAUCUUGAGGUCUCAGCUCUUAAUUGACUUCAUGCAGUGACUGAACUUUCUAGUCAGUUGUCGAUGUUUUAUCGUUGGAGUUAGACGCCGACUGAAGAACAAUGUUCGCUGACAUUAGUAGAAAUAGUGGGGUGGACGGGGAAGAGACUAUUCUCCAUGUUGUUCUGCUGAUAGUAGUUUAGUCCACUAAAGUAAUGCCGCUUUUCCACUACAUACUCUUGAAGACUGACACCACACAAACACUGCUUCUUUCACUUUAAAAUCAUUAUUGUUAAUUAUUUUUCACAGUAUACAUGUUUCUAUGGUGUUUGUGUGAGAAAAACACCAUGUAGAGCGGUAGAAGAGUCGAGUCGUGACCGGGACCAUGACGUUUAAAGACAGACCAAGUCAUAAAUGAGACCAGGAGGUACUAAGACCAAACCAGCACCCCAGUUUCUUUUUGUGUCACUUGUAAAGAUGUGAAGUUUUUUUGGCUUUUUAAUAAAAAUGACACUGUCUCA